AACUCCUCUUUCCUUACGGUUAUUGUUACACCGAUCGUGUACAUGUUCAUUUUACUCUUAUUUAUUUUUCUUUCUAUCUCUAAACCCUAACCACCCCCACCCCUUCUUCCCUUUAUAUCAAUUAUUAUACACCAAAACAAAAAUUCUAAAUCAAUGGAGGGUAGUGGAGAUAAGAUCAAAGGUUCAUGGACUCCUGAAGAGGACGACAUGUUGAUAAAACUAGUUAACCAACAUGGUCCAAGAAAUUGGUCCCUUAUAAGUACCGGCAUACCAGGUAGAUCCGGUAAGUCUUGCCGUCUGCGGUGGUGCAACCAGCUCAGCCCCGCCGUGCAACACCGUCCGUUUACCCCUUCUGAGGAUGCUAUUGUCCUUCAGGCCCAUGCCCUUCAUGGCAAUAAGUGGGCCACUAUUUCCCGCUUAUUGCCUGGAAGGACUGAUAAUGCAAUCAAGAAUCACUGGAGUUCCACACUUCGUCGUAAGCGCCCCGCACCAACACCUAUGCUUAUGGGCUUGGAUGAGUCAAUGGUUGGGUCAUCAUCAGAGUCCAACUCAAAGAGGCAAUGUUUUAGUUGUGGGCUUGAUGGGCUCGAUGAUGAUGAAUUGGGCCUUGAUGGGCCUGGACCUGAGACUUCACUAACGUUGUCAUUACCCUGGGGAGGGAUGCUAGAGUCACCUGCCCCGGUGGUUGAGGAAGAGAUAGUGAAGGAAGAGGCGCCGAUCAAUGUUGAUAGUAAAGUGAAGGAGGAAAAAAGUACGGUGGAGAUUGAAGAGACAUGCUUGGUGACAAUCAUGCAGCGUAUGAUAGCCCAUGAGGUUCGUUGUUACAUUGACAAAUUACGGGGUCAGGGUGGCUUUGGAAUUGGGCCUGGCUUUGAGUCUGAGGUUCCAAAACAGCUUUAGAAAUUCAUAUAGUCCAUCUUCGUUUCACUUCUCUCUUUUGAAUAUUACUAUUAGGAUAACUAUGAAUACGUUUUUUUUUUCCCCUACUCUCCUUGAAGGCCAAAAUUGCACCACCGUGCACUUGAAUUCCUAAUUUAAAGUCCAAUUCUCUUUCAUAUCGUUGAUUAAUGGACUACUUCUAACUUGUGGAUGUUCUUGCAGAUUGCACCUAUAUAUCUAUAUACUUUAGGAACUCAUGAUUUAUUGAACAACUAGCCCGGAAAAGACUGAAAAUUCUAGAGUAAUAAG